UGCUAAAACAUUACCAACAGCACCAACUGUUUGGAGAUAGCAGCGCCAGAGUGAGGGGCGGCAGGGACAGGAAGGGGGCUUUUCUAUGGCCACCUUGGACAGCCAUGCAAGAUCCCAGGCUCAACCAAGAAAAGAAGACAAAAUAAUGGCAUACUUCUUUUAUUUCUUGGGGGGGGCAGCUUUAAGAAAUCUUGCUCAGUCAGCACAGAGCCUGUAUGAAGUUCAUGACUCUGAAAUCGAACGGGAAUCAACGGAAGAAAAGUACUGAAGUAAUCCAAGGGAAUACAUUAAUUGAGCACAAAAUUAUAAAGGGAACAUUUCAAAGACAACAAAAACCAAGAGCAAUAUAAAAUAAAUGUGAUGCACAUUGCCAGGAAUAUGCUAAUUAGUUUUUGAUGAAAUUUGAAUGUGGAUACCGUCUUGCAGAAGAAAAAAUAUUUUGUCCAAUUGUUUGAGUCAUUGAUUUGACUUCACCUUUGAAACUAGAAUUGUUGGCAGCAGUCACAGAAGGGAAGGCAUGAGUGGAGGUCGUUUUGAAUUUGAUGAUGGCGGAGCUUAUUGUGGUGGUUGGGAGGGUGGCAAAGCCCACGGGCAUGGGAUCUGCACGGGACCUAAGGGACAGGGCGAGUUCUCUGGCUCCUGGAACUACGGGUUUGAAGUGGUUGGAGUCUACACCUGGCCCAGCGGGAACACCUAUGAAGGUUUCUGGUCGCAAGGGAAGCGCCAUGGUCUAGGAGUUGAGACCAAAGGGCAUUGGGUUUACAAAGGAGAAUGGACUCACGGCUUCAAGGGAAGGUAUGGCUUAAGGCUUAGCGUUGGAAGUGGGGCAAAGUAUGAAGGAACAUGGAAUAAUGGAUUGCAAGAUGGAUAUGGCACGGAGACAUACGCUGACGGAGGCACGUUUCAGGGCCAGUUUACAGGUGGCAUGCGACAUGGGUACGGAGUACGUCAAAGUGUUCCUUACGGCAUGGCGGCGGUGGUUCGCUCCCCACUCCGUACCUCCCUCACCUCCCUCCGCAGUGAGCACAGCAACGGCACCCUGCUUCAACAGGACAUCCCGGUAAUCACCGCAACCAAUGCCGCCGGCCAAGAGACCCGGGUCACCACACCCACCCAGCUGGGGCCGUCCCGGGGCGGCUUCGCCCUGACCCUCCAAGUCGACCCGGACGCCGUCAAGCCCAAAAAGAAGGGCCUGUUCCAACGGGGGUCUCUCCUUGGUAAACUGAAGAAGUCCGAUUCCCGCACUUCCCUGUCCAGCGUGAGGAGUAAACUAAGCUUCCUGGGAGCAAGGAGCGAGUCGGCAAUGAGUUCGGCGGCCAGCGAUGUGGCCAGUGAUGCCAACUCCACCAUCAGCCUGGGAGACGAGAGUCUGGCUGGAGGCGAGGACUUCCCCCCGGUCGAGGCCGACAUCGACGCCACCACCACAGAGGUCUACAUGGGGGAGUGGAAAAACGAUAAGCGCUCGGGUUAUGGAAUAAGCGAACGGUCCAGCGGGCUGAAGUACGAAGGCGAAUGGCUGGACAACCAGCGGCAUGGCUAUGGCUGCACCACCUUCGCGGAAGGCGGGAAGGAGGAGGGAAAAUACAUGAACAACAUGCUGGUGAAGGCCAUGAAGAAGAGGGUGAUCCAACUGAAGGGAACCAAGAUCAGGCAGAAGGUGGAGCGCAGUGUGGAAGGGGCUCAGCGGGCGGCCGCCAUCGCCAAACAGAAGGCGGAAAUUGCUGCAUCCAGGACAGCCCAUGCUAAGGCCAAGUCCGAAGCUGCCGAUCAAUCCGCUCAGGCCUCCAAUCAGGAGUCCAACAUCGCCAGGGUGGUGGCCAAGGAGCUGUCCCCGUCAUUCUAUCAACCAGGGCCGGAGUACAUAAAGAAGCGAGCACUUCAGGAGAUCUCAGAGAGCAAUGAAAACGCAGACCCUGUAAUACAUGAGCCAAUGUUAGCAGAGGAGCCGUCAACACCUGCUGAAAGCCCGAUGCUGCACGACGGACCGGGCUCCACUCCAGCCCGCACACCGUCGCCUGGCCCAGCAGUCACCCCUCCAGCGUCCAGGCACUCCAAUCAGGCCAGCGUCAGCAAAGAGGACCCCCAUCUCCUCGGCCCCGCUGGUUGGAACGGAGACAGAGGCACUGGAAGUCGGGGUAGCAGCCGUCCCAACAGCAGAACCAACAGCCGACCCACCACCCCCACGUCCAACGCUGCCGCCCCCUCUCCCGCCCCUGCCGCCGCUCUCCCCGAAGAGCGCCCCGCUCCUGUCCCCAUCCCGAGCAGCCGGGGGGGCUCCCGUGCCUCCAGCCGCCUGAGCAACAAGGUGGAGCAGGGCUCCGACCUGGAGAUCAAGCCCCUGGAAAAGACCGCUGCAGAGGUUAAAGUUCCAGAUGCCGCUCCCUCAGUGCGGACCAGUGUCGCCUACUCAGAAGAAGAAGCCCCACCUCCUCGUCUCGCCCCUAAGGUUUCUCCAGAAACCAUCACCCAGGAGCACAACGAGGCUGAGUCCAAAAAAAGAACAGAGUCAGUCAGUGAACAACCGGUCUCCAUCGUAUCUGAGAGCAAACCCGAGUCCAGAACUCCAACUGUUAGUAAAGCGUUACCCAAGCCUUCACCGUCACCCAAGCCAUCGCUGUCACCAAAACGGGAAGCCAGUCCAGUUUCAAAACCUGCCACACCUGUACCAAAACCUGCCACACCAGUGCCUAAAGCUGCCAAGCCAGCACCUAAGGCUGAACCCAAAGCAGAGGUCAAGCUGAUGAAGAACAUGGUAAAGAGCCCAAGUACAGGUGAAGAUAUAGAGCUAGCAGAAUUUGAGCAGGGUCCGAACACCAUCAUGGUAACCAUGGUGAUUCUGCUUAACAUCGGCCUGGCCAUUCUCUUCGUACACAUCUUGUCAUGAGACAUCGGUGACAGGUCACAACCGUGCGUUGAUGUUGAGGUAGGAUUGCCCACAUUUUAAGGAUGGACCAUCCAGAACAAAGAGACUACCAAGUAACUGAAGACGUACAUGGAAGGAUGCUGACGACAGCACCUCCACACACAGCCUCCACACGAGCCUUAAGGCUCUUCGAGGCUAAACAGACUUUCAUGGGCUUGGAAUAUCUGGAGCCAGAUUGAAGGACACAGAUGAAUCUCAAUGGUAAGAAAAAGGGUCUGAAUAGACACUGUGCAUGUGAAGGUGAAAACCACUGGUGAAUUUCAGUAUCUACACUGGAGAAGGUGUUGCAAGUUAUGCAACGGGUGAAGUCUGCCGAGGAUUGAAAUGUCACCGUUUUUGAGUUGACUAAACCACUGACACAUGUUAUAUCAAAGGGCUUAACCCUUCGUGUUGGCUAACACUGCUGCCUCAGAUAAACGUCAGAUUAAAGUGAUGCAGAGUGGAUAGGUUAGCACCUUAGGGCAGUGGUGCUUUAACCUCUCCUGGGCACCCCCCAGCCGUCUUACAAUGUUGUUUUAGCCCUGAACUAGCCCGCCUGAAUCAAGCAGCCAAGGGCUUGAUAAUUAGUUGACCAGUAGAUUCAGGUGUGUUAGCUCUGGGCUACAUCUGAUACAUUAAACCGCUCUGGGUCCCCAGGAAAGGUUUGAGAACCACUGAUUUAGUGGAUUAUUAGUUAUGUUAUUAGAUAUUUAUUUAACUGAUGGCUUGCCUAUAGAAAAAUGUAAUCUCCGGGAAAAUCUCACAAACUAAAUAUUCUCUCAUUUUUGCCGGACAUUUAAUAGAUAGGUUGAUAGAUUGAUAGACUGUUUUGAUUAGUGGUUUGAGGGUAAUAAUCUGUGUUCUAAUAUAAUGCUACUCUAGUUCAUCUGUUUUCUGUUAUCUCAAUUGCCAUAUUCUCGAAAUGUCUUCAGCAGACAUUAGUAAAGACAACUUAUGACAGGGCUAGGCAAGAGGCAGCCACUGUGCUUCAACUGCCCCACAGUAGAUUUUUUUGGGGACACGCAAGUUUGCCAAUUAAAAACCCACCUCAGCAAUGCAAUUGAAUGUACAUUUGUAUUAGCACAUCAAAUGCUUUCCAACACAAAUUACUGAGUGAGCCAAAUUGAAGGUGGUACUGUAGUACUGAAAUUGUAUUGUAUAGUUUAGUGAGUUAUUUGAUGAAACAGGAUGGAGGAAAAAUUCUAGGAUUUGAAAGGACAAUCUGCAGUUGCUACAGUUCAUGCCAUUGGAUGGUAAAUCUUUCCAUCCAUAGUGCUGUCUAAGAAUGUAAAAUUGGUAAAGUUUCUGCAGACCAAUCCAUCAGCUUUUAACCGAAACAUAGGCGGGGAGGGUACUUUGUUUAAGUUUGUAACUGUGGAUUGCCAUUUUAACCAGUGGUGUGGUAUUGCUUUUCUGGGUGUGUCUGUAUGAAUUUGGGGGUUUUAUGAUCAAAACAUAAAUUAAAACACUCUAUUGAAUGGUUUGAUUUUUAUUUUUUUUAAUGACUCUCGGUUGAGAGUCAAUGACACAUUUGGGUGGUUGGAAUGUGAAAUCUGUCAUAAGCAACUGGGGAACAUUUUGUGUAGAUUCUGAGAGGGUACUUCUUUGAACAAAUAGGCUUGCAUUGUUAGGAUGUAAUUGGGAAUGGUUAUUAUAGGAUUUUGUUGGUCGGGAUGUUUGACAGUAGGUGUACUUUUUAAAAUGUUUGCAUUCAGAAGAAACAGCUUCUGCUUCAAAAUCAAUCAAACAAAAUUUCUAUUUCCUCCUUGUAUGCAUGUGGGCACUACAUGUUUUCUUAAAUUUUUUUGAAGUACACAUUUAAUCUAUUAAAGUAUUCUAUUGUUGUUCUAUUUUUUUCAUCGUAUCCAAUCUCACAUUUUGUUUUCCAAGUAGAGUCAAUGAGACAAUACCUCAUAUUUGGGGAGGAAAUGUAAUAUAUUUUAGAGGAACUCCAGGUCUUACAUUACCACAGAGCAUUGAGAUUGUGCACUGUCUAAAUCAUUAUUUACCUCUUUAUUUCAUGUCCCAAACAGUCUUUUCCCCAUAAUAAAUAUAUUAAAGUGUGAAAAUAUGUUUAUAUUAUUAUAUACAAUAAUACAAUCAAGAGACCCUAAAUCAGAAGUGACUUUAGUUGAACCCGAGAUUCGUUUAGGCCAUAACCCUGGAUGGUUCUCAUAGAAUGCAGGUGCAUUGCUGGUCCUCUUCUAAACUGCUGAACUAAUGUUGUAUAUCUCAGUGACUUCAUGGUGCAAAUACAGUACUUGCAAAUAUGCCAAAGAACCAGCAGAGCAGACAAAGUCCAAUACUUUAGAUCCACUAAAAAUGUGGGGAGCAGGAAUAAAAAGGGUUGUAAUUCAUACAUGGUGUAUGGAUGUAAAUACCCUCAAAUUCCAGCUGACAGUCUGCACUUUAACUGAUUUGUCACUGUUUUACUUAAAGUCCAGUGUGCUGGAAUACACAACCAAACAGCAAAACCUAUGAGGCUGUCCAAAUACUUUUGCUGUAGACUGCACUGUAAUUUAGUACAAUGGGCUGUAUUCCCCUAUGCUGUACAGCAUGGAACUGUAGCACUAUACUCUACUGAAUAAAGGGAAAGUCCUGCAAUCUGUUGUACUCUGUUGUACCCUGGCACCCACUGCUGACUUUCCCCUGAAACUGAACAGGGUUGGUUCGGGUCAGUCCCUGGAUGGGAGACCAGGUGCUUUUGUAAGUGAUGUUGGAGGGUCAGUAGGAGGGACUCUUAAAUCUUGUCUUAAACAAUUGAAUCCUCUUCCCCCAGAGCAGUGAAGGGGGACAUUUCACUAUAUAGAGGGACGUAUUUCAGAUGUUAAACAGGUGUCCUGAAUCCCUGUGGUCCCUAAACAUCUCAUGUCGCUUAUCGUAAGAGACGGGAUGUUAACCCAGGUGUCACGCUAAAUUUACAAUGCGGCACUUAUAUCACCAUGACCACCAAAUCAUCCCUAGUUUCCAGUUGGCUCGUUCAUUCCCACUCCUCCUCCUUGUAUUUGAAACAUAAAAAUUACUGCAAUCUAUGACGUAAGAGCAAGCAUCAGCUAAAUGACAAAAAUGUUAAACUCUACUGUACUGUGCUCUGCUGUACUGUGCUGUUGAAUUAAACUAUAAUGUAUUGUACUUUACUGUACUGUACUCUUCUGUAUAAAAUUCUACUGUACCGUAUUGUUCUGUU